AACUCACCCUAGUUUGUUUACAUGCGCAACUUUCUCCGACUUUCUAAGACGUGUUUACGACCCCCGUCUUCGAAGAUGUUUAUAUGCACGACACUUUCCCUCAAAUUACGACAGUUUCAAUCUUCCCGCUUCCUGCACUAAAUACUGGUCACGUGACCAAACAGGAAGUGAACCCCCUCGAGUCUCGGCUUCAAGUUUGCUUCCCACCAACAUGAUUUAAAUCAUUCAAAGAUGAUUUUGCGCAUCUUCACAUGUGUUUUAAUAUCCUGGGCGACCUUUUGCGACGUUCGGAGCCAAAUUUUUCGACAAAGUCUGGAGGACCGAUGGCGCCUGUGGAACUCCAACCGCUCCUUGACGCUUCCUGCGCGGAUACCUGGUUGUGUGCACACCGCUCUGCUGCUGCGGGGCUUUAUUCAGGACCCAUAUUUCAGGUUCAAUGAUCUGGCCUACCAGUGGAUCUCCCUGGACAACUGGACCUACGCCACCACGUUUGCCGUCUCCGAGCGCCUGAGGUCGGCGCAGAAGGUGCUCCUGGUCCUGGACGGCGUGGACACGGCGGCGUCCGUGCGGCUCAACGGCGCCCUCGUGGGCCACGCCGACAACAUGUUCCGCCAAUACGUCUUCCCUGUGCGAGAGCUGCUGGAGGAGGGGGAGAACGUGCUGAGGGUGGAGAUCCUGUCCCCGGUCUUGUACGCCGACCAGCGGAGGAAGGCUCAUCGGGUCUACAGAGUUCCUCCCGAGUGUCCUCCGGACGUCCAGAAGGGCCAGUGUCACGUCAACUUUAUCAGGAAGGAGCAGAGCUCCUUCAGUUGGGACUGGGGCCCGUCCUUUCCCACCAUGGGGCUGUGGAAGGGAGUCCGCCUGGAGGCGUUCGACGUCGUGCGGCUGGUCCGGUUUUCAGCGGUCCCUCGAUGCAACGCCAGCCUCUCCCAGUGGACCGUGCGGGUGGAGCUCCUGGUGGAGGCGCUGCGUCCUGCCCGCGUCAACGUCACGCUCGCCAUACCCGAGCUGUUCUCGCUGCUCACGGUGCCCUCUCAGUUCCUCCCAGGGACCGCCAGACACGUCUUCACGCUGCACAUCAACGCGAGUAGUCAAGUCAGGCUGUGGUGGCCCAACGGACUCGGCGAGCGACCGUCGUACCGCCUCCUCGUCACCGUGUGGUCUCAGGAUGGAUCGCCACUCUUGGAUACAGAGUCGAAGGUAUAUUUCCGCACAGUGGAUCUCGUCCAGGAGCCCAUCGCCGACUCUCCCGGCCUGAGUUUCUACUUCCGCGUCAACGGUCGGCCAGUUUUCCUCAAAGGCUCCAACUGGAUCCCGGCCCACGCCUUCCAGGACCAGGUCACGCCCGACGUCUUGAAGAACCUGCUGCAGUCGGCUGUGGACGCCAACAUGAACGCGCUGCGGGUCUGGGGGGGCGGAGUUUACGAACAGGACGUCUUCUACAGCAUGUGUGACGAGAUGGGACUGAUGGUGUGGCAGGAUUUUAUGUUUGCGUGUGCAACAUAUCCAACCGAUGAGGACUUCAUCAACACCGUACGAGAAGAAGUCAUCCAACAGGUGUGGCGCCUCAAGUCUCACCCGUCUGUGAUCGUCUGGAGCGCCAACAACGAGAACGAAGCGGCGCUGGCGGGCGACUGGUUCCACAUCCCGCCGGCGCAGAGGCCCAGGUACCUGAAGGACUACGUGACGCUCUACGUGGACAACAUCAGGGCCCUCGUCAAAGAGGAGGACCCCAGUCGUCCGUUCCUGGUCUCCAGUCCCACAAACGGGGUCAAGUCGGAGCAGGAGGGCUACGUCGCGGCCGACCCCUACGACGCCCACUAUGGCGACACCCACUUUUACAGCUACCUCCACGACUGCUGGGACUGGUCCACCUUCCCUCGGACUCGCUUCGCCUCCGAGUACGGCUUCCAGUCCUGGCCUUCUUUCUCCACACUGCAGCCGGUUUCCGUCCCGGAAGACUGGAACUACAACAGCAGCUUCUCGUCGCACCGCCAGCACCACCAGGACGGCAACCAGCAGAUGUUGCAGCAGGCCGCCAUUCACUUCCACCUGCCCAACUCCACCGACCCCCUCAGGAACUUUAAGGACACGCUCUACCUGACACAGGUGAUGCAGGCUCAGUGCGUGAAGACUCAGACCGAGUUCUACCGCCGAAGCCGGAGCGAGAUCAUUGAUGGCAAAGGUGGCACCAUGGGCGCCCUCUACUGGCAGCUCAACGAUGUUUGGCAGGCGCCCUCCUGGUCCUCGAUUGAAUUUGGCGGGAAGUGGAAAAUGCUGCAUUACUUUGCUCAGGACUUCUUCGCCGACGUCCUGCCCGUUAGCUUCGAGGAUAGCGACACGCUGCUCAUCUACGCCGUGUCAGAUCUGAGUGGAGACAUCAAAGUCCGGGCCGUGGUGUCCGUUUACACGUGGAGUGAUCCGGAUCCCGUUUGCACCCUCAAAUCCCAGCUGCUUCCGGUGCCGGGAGGCAGCGCCGUGCCGGUUUUCAAGCAGCCGCUCGCCGCCCUGCUGGCCGGGUGCGGCCACUGCACCCGCCUCACCUGCCUGCUCAGCUUCUGGCUGGAGGACGGCGGCGGGCGGCGACGGGGACCCCCCAACCACCACUUCCUGUGCUCGCCCAAAGACGCUCAGGGACUCCGGCGGCCCAACAUCACGGCCAAAGUGCAGGAAUUUAGCGAGGGGUUGCUUGUCCGGCUCCACUCCUCCGCCAUUGCUCCUUUUGUGUGGCUUGACGCCGGCACCUUCCCCGGGCGCUUUAGCUCCAACGGCUUCCUGAUGCUCUCCACGGACCGGCUGGUGGUUUUCCAGCCAUGGCGACCCACCAGCGCCGCAGAACUGGCCAAAGCCCUCACUAUCACCUCCUUGACUGACGUUUAUUGGCCUUGACCGAGAUCAACAUUCCACAUCACGGUUAGUGUGACCAAAGCUGUUAUCGUUGCUAUCUGGGUGUUGUUGAUAUGCUCCAAAAGUACUGAUACACUUCUUUUUGUUUAGAAAAGCGAUGGACACACAAAAUACUUCCUAUUAGCAGAAUAAAUGUGAAAUAUUGUUCUUGUUUCCUAA